AUUUUAACAUCGGCCAUUUUGAGUAUAUUUAGUUGUUCGUCAAGCAAGUUUUGUCGCUCAUGCGCGACUUUUAAUUUUAUAAAAGUUUUUCUGUAAUUGAAGUUUAAAACUUCUUCUUUUAUCAAAAUUAAGAUUUUCUUAUUUUAUCGUAUUGAUUUUACAGUGCAUAGACAGAAUAAGAGAGUAAAAAACUCUUUAUUCUUACCUUUCGACUUCGCAUCUUUUAUAACUAAUCCAGUUAAAUUAUUUUGAUUCUACGAAGAAUUGUUAUUUAUUUUAAUUAAUUUAUAUGAUAAUGGCUUUAUACUGAAUAAAAUGUCGUACGAGAAGCUCAAUUUCGCCUCUCUCUUCGGAGAUCACGUCUCCUUGAUCAAUUUUUAUGUCAGAAAAUCGUCAAAUGGAAAAAAAAUUAAACAUGCCUGUGUCAAAGUCUGCACAGGGAAAUAAAAAUGAAAAUAAAAAGUCUACAGAAGUGUCCAUUUCAAAAUUUGCUACUAAUCGUCGUAAUGGAAAACUAUUUUCUGUUCAACCUCAGAAAUCUGAUGGAAAUCGAGGAGUAUCUUUUAAAAAGAACAACAAUUUUAAGCAGCCACAACCUCGAGUUAGUUUAUUUUGUGGAAAGAAGAGUGCCGAGGUAAUUGAUACAUUGCAAGAUGUUGAGGAUGAAGAAGAUGCCAAUAUGUUGCCAAAUUCUCGGCAAUGGAAUCAAACAAACAUGUGGAAUAUGCCAAAAAAGCACAGUUGUAGCUUACAAAAAACAGAGGAAUAUGUCAAAUUUAAUAUCAAGCAUUUUUUAUUAGCAAAUUGCCAGUUUGUUGUUAAGUCAGGCAGAGAUUAUACAUUUUGGAUUUUCAACCAGGAUGAAAUAGUAAACUGGGACUACAUUGAACAAAUUAAGAUGCUUUCUACUCAAGCUAUUAAAUGUCCAAUAUGUAUGGAUAUACCUACAACCCCAAAAAUUACCUGUUGUGGACAUAUUUAUUGUUGGCCUUGUAUAUUGCGAUAUUUGGAUGUUAACAAAGAGUUUGAUAUUGAUACUUGUCCAAUAUGUCAUUCUACAGUCAUAAAAAAUGAGUUAAAAAGUUUUGAGUUAAUUUUAAAUGAAGAAUGUCGUGUUGGUCAUCCAAUUACUUUGCAGCUGAUGAAAAGGGCUAGAAACUCAUUGCAAGCAUAUCCUUUUAUUGACUUACAGAAAAAUAAUAACCAUUCUAGUGGAAAUUUACCGUUGUCAAUUUCAGAAUUAAAUAUGUCCACUACUUACUCCCGGCUUCUUGUUGCUAAUAAAAAUGAAAUUUUAACAAUAUUAAAUAAAGAAAGAGAGGCACUUGUGUUGCUUCUAGAUCAUUGGGAAACUGAAGAUAAAGAAAAAAAGUACAUUUUUGAAGCACUUGAAUUGUUAUCAAAAAGGGAGGAUUUAAUAAUGAAUGAAAAAUUAGUCUCGAAUGGUAUAAAAAAAUCAAUUAAUGCUCCUGGUUGUUCUCAUAAUCUAUCUCCAUCUCCAAAUAAAAAUAAUUCAAAUUCAUCUGAAAUUGAAAAAAACCAUGAUUACAAAGGAAAUUAUAUAAAUGUUGAUUGUGUCCAAUCAUCUACAUCUAAGCCAACUAAAAAAGAUUUCUACUUUUAUCAAGCUAUAGAUGGUCAACACAUAUAUCUUUCAGCCAUUAAUAUAGAAAUGUUAGAAAAAAUGUAUGGCAGUCUUGAAAAUAGUCCCCAGAAGUUGACUGCUAUUGUUUAUGAAAAGCAGUAUUUGUCUAUGACUGAAUCAUUAAGGAAGCGUUAUAGAUUCUUACUCCAUUUACCCAUUUCUACAGUAUUUGAAUGGGUAGAAAUAGAUAUGGUUGAAAUUGUAUCACCUGAAAUUUUUGAUUUAUUUAAAAGUAAUUUGGAUGAUAGAAAAAUUAAAAGAGAUCGCCGAGCCUAUGAAGAGCAAAGACUCACCAAACGUAUUGAAGAGAGAAACCAAAAAAAACAAAUACCCCCUCCUGAAUGGAAAAACUGGCAUAUCUUUCCUCAGUGUGGUUAUGACCCUUUUUCUGAUGAGAGUAUGGUUUCAUUAAACGAGUCUUUAGGAACUGUUAAGUCAUCUUCACCUACAAAUAUUUCACAAACAACUCCCAGCCUAUCUAAUUUAUCAUUUGCUAAAGCACUUCAAAAUAAAAAUUCGCUUCCUAUUAAAACAUCAACUGCCAUCCAAACAUCUAGUUCAUCUAUUGAAUGGCCAACUUUGAUGUCCACAUCAAAAGCAACUUCGAUAAAAGAACAAAAGCUUGAAGAGACAAUAGCUAAUUUAACUUUGAAUGGUAAUGGAAGCAAUAAAAUCAACAAGAAAAAAAAGCGUUCUAAAUAUGAACCUUUAAAUUAAUGAAAUCAUUUAUUAAGCUUAAUUUGAGAAACAUUUGUUAUAGGUUUUAUUAAUGAAAUUCAUAUUGGUUUUUUAGUGUUAAGAGUACAUUAAUAAUUAAAGUAUAUUUAAUAUUCUAAGUAUAGCUUAAUAAUUAUUUUUAAACUUUUUAAUACAAAUAUUUUACUUUGAUUAACAAAGGUUAGAUGAUUAUUUAAAUUCUUCUUUACUAAAGUUUAUAUUUAUGUUUUUUUAUUCAGUUGUUCAUGUUCACACUUAUUAGAUUUUUUGACUAAGAAAUUGAUUUAAAGUUUAUUAUAAUUAAAAAAUUUGUUUUGGUUAAAUAAAAAUUUAUUAUUGUUUUCAUUAUUAAUUACAAUAAGUUUCAUUUAAAAGUUAAACUGUCUGUAAUUUGAAUAUUAAAAGGUAUAAUUGGAUUUAAUUUAUUAAAACUUAUAAAAACAUUUU